CGCGGCCUGGCCGCGGCCGCGGACUUGGCCGCGCCUGUCCGCCGCCGGGGGGGAUUCACUGGCUGGGACACAUGACGCGCGAUUGCUGGUCGAGGCAAGGGAGAAACAUGGGGGGAUUACAAGGAGAUCCGGAACUGGAGGAGAUCAAGGAGCAGUUUAGGCUGGCUAAAAAAAAAAAAAUGGAACAGGAGGAGAAGAGGAGAAAGGAAGAGGAGAAGAGAAUUGGAGAAGAGGAGGAGACCAGGAGAAACUUGGACUUCGCGAGGAAAGUUGAGGAGUUCAAGUUGCAGUUGCGAGCUGAACUGCUAGAGGAAUGGAGGAAGAACCAUGCAGAUGCUGUGAAAUCAACGGAGAAGAUUGGAAAAUCUGCAAAGAAGACGAAAAAGAAAAAGAAGAGGUACCAGAAAGAACACGGCGGACCGAAGAGGCGGAGGGCACAAAGGAGCAGGAGACGUGAUGAUUCAAGUGAGGAUUCGGAAUCCUCGUGCUCGACUGACGACGAGUCGAACACGUCAGACGAUACGUCAUCGGGAUCUGAAUCGGGUGGGAAGAUCACACGAAACAAGAUGUGCGUGAGGCGAGGGAUGGGGAACACGAGGACCAAGGCCAAAACAAAGAACAACAAGGGCAAGGGGAGGAUCGAGGAGAUGCGCACACCGAUAAGGACGUACGAGAAGGGGGAGAGUUCGAGGGCUCGGAAACAACCACAGGCGGAGGAAGAGGAGAUGCUGGGGACGAAAUCUCCUGAGGAAGUAGAGCCUAAGACACCUCUGACUGGAGGAUUUAAGGGACUGGCGGCAGGGUGUUCGCAGAAAGGAUUGAUAGAGUACUGCAUAUCAGCACACAAGAUCUAUUCCGCAAAGAAGGCGGACGCGCUCAGAAAGAUCUGCGAACAGAAAGGAAUUAAGUACACCAAGAAGCCAGAGAUCGUGGAGAUUCUAGCUAGACACCAGGUACAACUAGCCUACGAUGGAUUCGACGAGGAACAAGGUUUUGUGAAAAAUCCGAGGAAUAUUACGAGACUGACAAAAGCUAAUAGCAUGGAAAUAAUUGCACGCGCUAUCGUAGAGGCAUGCAAACAUCUUAAAGGGGUGUCAAUACCUGCAGUAGACUUAGAAGAGGUAUGGUCUGACAGAAGAGACGGCGGCAUGGACAAACAACGAGGAGAACCUGCAGCCGCGAUGGACAAUGACGACGGCGCGCCAGAGGCUGAUCUCAUACGCGAGGGGUACACCUUGUACGCAGCCCAUCUGCAACGACGCGACGCGGCGGAGGCUCUCCGUCGCUCUAUGGUUCGCCAUGCUCUUCACGUGGCUCGCGUUUUUGGUCCGCCUGCUGGUGCACAGGGAUGACUGUUCCUCUGAGCUUCAAGGCCACGUGUGCCUAUUUGUGGAAAUGU